UCUCCCAUUCAUUCACACAAGAAAAGGAAGAACAGCCCCCAGAGAACUCCAGAUUCUCACGACUUUUCAUUUCAUUUGAAUCUUUCUCUUCGAUCUCCUCCCCUUUUUCACAAAACAAAAUUACAUACAUAUAUAUAUAUAUCUCCUCCUUCGUAUUUAUUAUUAAACAAAAUAGCGGGUCUGGCGCGUCCUCUGUUUUCUCCACCUUCUUCCCCCAAAAUUAUUUGAACAUGUCUUCCAUGUUAGCAUCGCCAGGGUUGGUCUUAGCGACGGCCAUGGCCGUCUCCGGCACCGUCAUCUUCCUCGCCCUCCGCCGGGAAAAGAAUUUCCCGCCUACCCAUUUUCUGGCGAAACAAGAUUCCCGCCCCGCGAAGCCAAUUCUUCGGUCCUGCAUCUGUUCAGAUGGAAAGAAGAGGGAGAGAAAGAACAAGAAGAGAGUUCAAUUUGCGGCGAGCGUGAAGGACCAAGCAGGGGAUGGUGAGGAGUACAGGAAGGAGCACGGCAAGCCACCGGCGUCGGGAAUUCAGGGAAGUUGCAGGGGUGAAAUCGGUGGAAGUCAAGCGAAUCGAGUGGCUUUGUACAGCGGAAUUCUUAGGGAUCGUUUACAGCGUUUGGAGUGCUCUUAUUGAUUAUAAUAAUAAUAAUAAUAAUAAUUUUGGUACAUACUGUAUAUUUUCUUGGUUUUUCUUUUUUCUUGGAUCGUAAUUGUUUGCCAAAUAGUUUUCUUGGUUCGUGUUUGUUUGUGUUAAUUCCAAACCCAGCUAUUUCUAAUUUGAAUCUGUUUUGGGUUUGGGUGGAGGAGCAAAGGAAAGUGUAAGAAACAGGGGAAACAUUUUUGUUUUCCUAUCAUCAAGUUUGUAAAUAGUACAAGAGCUUUGUACA